AUGGGCACUCAGAUAUCACCCCAGCUCAGGCCACGGUUUCAGGCAACUCAGAGAGCAGCUAGGACAGCUGGGACAGCAGCUGGUGUAGCUCGUGCAGCUGCACAAGUAGCUCGAACAGCUGCCAGACAGCCAAGGACCGAGCUUUGGUCGAAGCUGAGCUCACAUCUCCAAGCUGGUACGAAGCAGUUUGCUUGUAGUUCUGAUCCCAUUGAGGCAGACGAGUGGAGGAGCAGACUGGCUCGGAAUUUCAGCUCAACUCGUUGCCCAGAGGAGUACAAAAAGGACAUUGUGGUUCACUUCCUGGAAGGUGACACACAUAACUGGUGGUUAGCUCUAGACAAACGCACCAAUGGGACAAUUGAGCGGUUCUCAAACUUCGAGGUGGAGUUCAACCACAAAUACUUCUCGGCUGAAGCUUGGGACCGUCUGGAGUCUCAGUUCCUAGACUUGACUCAAGGACGCAUGACAAUACGUGAGUACGAAGAGAAGUUCAACCAGCUCAGACGAUAUGUGGGCAAGGAGUUGGAGGAGGAGAGACGAGCCAAGCUGAAGUCUAGGGGCCACACGGCUUCUAGUGGAUCCGGAAGCGACCGGAAGAGAAAGAGGGACACGGCCGAAGGGGGCAAGGCCUCAAGUGAUAGGUCGGAGUGUCCUUCAUGCAGAAGGCAUCAUGGUGGAGAGUGUUGGAAGGCAAAGGGGGCUUGCACCCGUUGUGGCAAGAUGGGCCACUUUGCUCGAGACUGUCCUGGACGGUCAGAGAACCGUGGACAGGGCUUGGGGAGUGACCCAGAAGCUGUCAUUACUGCAGCAAGACGGGACACCUACGCUGGGAAUGUCCCAUUAUGCAAGCUGAGGCUAAAGGACGUGGGGAGGCCAGCAAGCCAAGCCAGAGCCGAGGUCAGACCUCAGCACCGCGUGUGA